CGCUGCCGCUUGGGCAGGGCCCGGGUCGAUGCCCCGAGCUGGCAGAACUGGGCUCGCGCGGGGUCCCGACGCCUUUCCAGCCUCCUCUGAGCAGCCAUGGGGACCAGCCGCGUGCGGGGCGCCCGGAGGUGCUGGGCCGGGGCGGCGCUGGUGCUGCUGGCAGCGCUGGGAGCCUGUAGGGCUCAACGCAAGGAGACCACAGGGUUUUUCCAAGAGAUGGUUAAGUUCGAGUGUCAUUUCCUGAACGGCAGCGAGCAGGUGAGGUUCAUGGUGAAGGACAUCUACAAUGGGCAGCAGGUUGUGCACUUCGACAGCGAGGUGGGGAUCUAUGUGGCCGACAGCCCCGCGGGUGAGCCAGAUGGGUACUGGAACAGCCAGCCAGAAUUAAUUGAGCGGAGACGGGCUGAGGUGGACACAUACUGCCGGCACAACUACGGGGUGGGGAAGUCUUUCACCGUGGAGAGGAGAGUUCAGCCCAAGGUGAUGAUCUCCCCCAUGCAGUCGGGGUCGCUGCCCCAGACGGACAGGCUGGCUUGCUACGUGACGGGCUUUUACCCCGCCGAGAUCGAGGUCAAGUGGUUCAAGAACGGCCAGGAGGAGACGGAGCGCGUGGUGGCCACGGACGUGAUCCAGAACGGAGACUGGACCUACCAGGUGCUGGUGAUGCUGGAAACCAGCCCGCAGCGCGGGGACGCCUACACCUGCCAGGUGGAGCACAGCAGCCUGCAGCGCCCGCUCACCCACCAGUGGGCGGCCCAGUCGGACACGGGCAGGAGCAAGAUGCUCACGGGGGUGUGCGGCCUCGUGCUGGGACUCAUCUUCCUGGCGCUGGGGCUGUUCCUCUACCUGCGCAGCAAGAAAGGCCGCGGCGUUUCUCAGCCUGCAGGGCUCCUGAACUAGCUCCCGCGCUGCCGCUUCAGAGCCGCCGUCCCGCCAAAGCUUCCGGCCUCCUUCCCGGCCCCGAGCUCCGCGUCCGGCCCCGCUACGACCGCCAGGUUCCCCCCCCACCCCGGCACCGCUCUCGCUGCUUUCCGGCCUCUCUGGCUCUUCCUAAUAAAAAUCUUCCCGCUCCUC